CCAGAGACAAGACAAACAAUGAUAUAUGGAGCAAAAGUAAAACCAUAGCUUAUCUACAAGCCAAGGGACAAUUUUAUACAAGUUCAUAGUUGUACAUAGACAAAAACAAAUAAUAAAUGGCUGGAAUGCUUCCAGGAGUUGAAUGUGCUCGAAGGAGACGCUUCCAUCAGAGUGGAGGAUACAUGGAUUUACCUUCUUUAGCUUCUCAUACAUCCACAAGGCGUUCUUCUUUCUGUUUAUAUGCAAGUAACCAUGAAUCCCGUUUUUCUUCACUGCAAAGGAGCAAUUUGUACCAGGCACACCCUGAUGAGAACAUGCUAGGAGCUGCCAGAGAAGCCAAACAGAGGUUGGAUGACAAGUUCAGAGCACAAAGGAUGUCAGAAAACCAAAGACAAGACAGCAUGAGGUGUGUGGAGGGUGGAAGAACAAGCUUAGCAGAAUUGCAAACAGAGGUAUAUGGGUCAAAGAAAAGAGGUUCAAGGAAGUUGAGUUGGAUCAAAUGGAGCUGGAAAGCCUCAGAACAAGAGGAUUGUGCAGUGUGCUUGGAAUCAUUCAGGGUCGGAGAGACACUAAUCAAUCUCCCUUGUGCCCAUAGGUUCCAUUCUAAUUGCUUGAAACCAUGGUUAGAAAAUAAUUCUCAUUGUCCAUGCUGCAGAACCACCAUUCUUUCCCUCUAGGUGCAAUUGAAGUGAAGAAUUUUGACCAUGACUAGUAGUUUCUUAUGUGACUUUGCAUCUUGAGUAGUCAGCAGUUUGAAUUUUGAAAUUAUGACUUGUAAGACAAAAAAUUAUAUAUACAAAAAAAUAAUUAAAAUUUAUUGUAUUCAAUAAUAAUGUAUUAAAUUACAUUGAAUUAUAUAAAUUUAAAUAAAAAAUUAU